AGUUCUUCAUGCGCUCUACUAAGAGCAGGAGUGAAUCGGUUAUGCGCUGAAUACGAUCGCGAACUUAAGCACCGGCAAUAUAAAUCCAUUUAAAAUUAUUAUCGUCGUUUGGUUACGCGAAAAAAAUGGAACAAUAUUACAGGGGCAGGAGAUUAAGUUUUCCGAAAAGGACCAGUGAACUUAUAGCACUAAUGGCGUUAUCAACAACAUUUUUUCUUUAUAUACACACAAGAGAUCUGCAUUCGAAACUCAGGGAAAUGGAAAUCAAAAUACAACCAGUUAGUAUGAUAUCUUCAAAUCAGUUGAUUUUGGGGGAUAGUGGCCCAGCAGAACCAACGGGAGUUAAAGCAACAAUGAAAUUAUUAGAAAGCACUGGACAGAUGUCAACUUUACAACCAGCUCUACUAAACAACACUCGAAAAGCCGAAGUAGACCUUAUUUUUUUUAAUCGUGUGCCAAAAGUAGGAUCUCAAACGUUAAUGGAACUCAUGAGAAGACUUAGCAUCCGCAACGAUUUCGGGUUUCAUCAGGAUAUGGUUCAAAGAGUAGAAACUAUCAGACUUUCUCCGGAAGAUCAAGCAAUUUUGGCCGCGUUAAUUUCUAGUUACGAUCCUCCUGCUGUAUAUAUCAAACAUGUUUGUUUCACUAAUGUUUCAAAUUUUGGUUUACCGGAGCCAAUAUACAUAAAUUUAGUGAGAGAUCCAGUUGAACGAGUGAUUUCUUGGUAUUAUUAUGUUCGAGCACCGUGGUAUUACGUGGAAAGAAAAAUCGCUUUCCCAGAUAUACCGUUACCCGAUCCAAAAUGGUUAAAAAAAGAUUUCGAAGAAUGUGUUUUAUCCGGAGAUCGAGAAUGCAAAUAUUUAAGAGGCGAGAUUAGAGAAGGUAUUGGAGAUCACAGACGCCAAUCGAUGUUUUUCUGUGGUCAUCAUCCUGAAUGUUUACCGUUUAAUACACAGGGAGCGUUGGAAAGAGCGAAACGUGCCGUGGAACAAAAUUACGCAGUCGUAGGCGUUCUAGAAGAUUUAAAUACAACUUUGACUGUUUUCGAACGUUAUAUACCGAGAUUUUUUGAAGGAGCUUCAGAUUUAUAUUGGAAUGAGAUCAGUAGAUAUAAUCCUAUCAACAAGAACAACUUUAAACCACCGGUUAGUGAAGAGGUGAAAAAUAUGGUCAGGAAAAACUUCACGAAAGAAAUAGAAUUUUACGAAUUUUGUAAACAGAGGUUACAUAAACAAUAUUUAGCUUUGAAACUUCCCGAUUUGGUUACUUAAAUUCGUCUAAAUUGUUUAUUUGGGUUAUUAAAAUAGGAUGUAAUCGAAUCGGUAUAAAUUUGAUGCCGCUUGGGGACAUCUUUUGGUAAUAAGCUUAGAGCGAGGGUUUGCUAGACAUUCGUUAACUUUGCUAGGUGUUAGGUAAUGAAGUUGAUGCCCUUUUUCAAAUCAAUACAUUUCUUUCAAAUAUUUUUUGACUGAUCGGAAUAAUAAUUUUCUUCUUUAACACCGAAAUAAAGUUGUAAGAUAAAUUUUAAGGUUGGGAAACAAAGAUUCAUUUUGGAGCCAGCCCUGUAGAAAAUUAUCGAUUGUUAAUCAAUCAAAGUGCAAAUUAUAAUGUAUUUGCCUUCUUUGGAGCAUUUUCACUUUUUGUAACCUACAUUUCGACUAUAUUUCAAUCUUCAAAAUCAUAAUUCUCUUAUUUAUGUGAAAAAAAAAACACUUCAGACUAUUUCUUUUUUUACCUCGUGUUUAUUUCAUUUCCAAGUAAAUGUUUUGUUAUAAAACUCAUUAUGACACUUCUUUAUAAUGGUUUUAUGCAGUAAAUUACAAAAUUUCGACUUGGAAUCCACUUAAACCGUUUUAAAAAUUUUAUUUUUGAUUCCAACGAGCCUCGAAUAUAAUCCAGCAUCAAUUUAUUCCUUUUUUCAACGUUAUCAUAUUUUUUUUGCCACCUUGAUGCCUCAUUAUCAAUUUACGACGUUUAAAUGCACUCAUAAUUUUAUAAAAACUAAUAGGACCGGCUCAUACACAUUUACUUGUAAGAUAAAUUUUAAGGUUAGGAAACAAGGAUUCAUUUUGGAGCCAGCCCCGUAGAAAAUUAUCGAUUGUUAAUCAAUCAAAGUGCAAAUUAUAAUGUCUUUGCCUUCUUUGGAGCAUUUUCACUUUUUGUAACCUACAUUUCGACUAUAUUUCAAUCUUCAAAAUCAUAAUUCUCUUAUUUAUGUGAAAAAAAAACACUUCAGACUAUUUCUUUUUUUACCUCGUGUUUAUUUCAUUUCCAAGUAAAUGUUUUGUUAUAAAACUCAUUAUGACACUUCUUUAUAAUGGUUUUAUGCAGUAAAUUACAAAAUUUCGACUUGGAAUCCACUUAAACCGUUUUAAAAAUUUUAUUUUUGAUUCCAACGAGCCUCGAAUAUAAUCCAGCAUCAAUUUAUUCCUUUUUUCAACGUUAUCAUAUUUUUUUUGCCACCUUGAUGCCUCAUUAUCAAUUUACGACGUUUAAAUGCACUCAUAAUUUUAUAAAAACUAAUAGGACCGGCUCAUACACAUUUACUUGUAAGAUAAAUUUUAAGGUUAGGAAACAAGGAUUCAUUUUGGAGCCAGCCCUGUAGAAAAUUAUCGAUUAUUAAUCAAUCCAAGUGCAAAUUAUGAUGUCUUUGCCUUCUUUGGAGCAUUUUCACUUUUUGUAACCUACAUUUCGACUAUAUUUCAAUCUUCAAAAUCAUAAUUCUCUUAUUUAUGUGAAAAAAAAAACACUUCAGACUAUUUCUUUUUUUACCUCGUGUUUAUUUCAUUUCCAAGUAAAUGUUUUGUUAUAAAACUCAUUAUGACACUUCUUUAUAAUGGUUUUAUGCAGUAAAUUACAAAAUUUCGACUUGGAAUCCACUUAAACCGUUUUAAAAAUUUUAUUUUUGAUUCCAACGAGCCUCGAAUAUAAUCCAGCAUCAAUUUAUUCCUUUUUUCAACGUUAUCAUAUUUUUUUUGCCACCUUGAUGCCUCAUUAUCAAUUUACGACGUUUAAAUGCACUCAUAAUUUUAUAAAAACUAAUAGGACCGGCUCAUACACAUUUACUUGUAAGAUAAAUUUUAAGGUUAGGAAACAAGGAUUCAUUUUGGAGCCAGCCCUGUAGAAAAUUAUCGAUUAUUAAUCAAUCCAAGUGCAAAUUAUGAUGUCUUUGCCUUCUUUGGAGCAUUUUCACUUUUUGUAACCUACAUUUCGACUAUAUUUCAAUCUUCAAAAUCAUAAUUCUCUUAUUUAUGUGAAAAAAAAAACACUUCAGACUAUUUCUUUUUUUACCUCGUGUUUAUUUCAUUUCCAAGUAAACGUUUUGUUAUAAAACUCAUUAUGACACUUCUUUAUAAUGGUUUUAUGCCGUAAAUUACAAAAUUUCGACUUGGAAUCCACUUAAACCGUUUUAAAAAUUUUAUUUUUGAUUCCAACGAGCCUCGAAUAUAAUCCAGCAUCAAUUUAUUCCUUUUUUCAACGUUAUCAUAUUUUUUUUGCCACCUUGAUGCCUCAUUAUCAAUUUACGACGUUUAAAUGCACUCAUAAUUUUAUGAAAACUAAUAGGACCGGCUCAUACACAUUGACUUGUAAGAUAAAUUUUAAGGUUAGGAAACAAGGAUUCAUUUUGGAGCCAGCCCUGUAGAAAAUUAUCGAUUAUUAAUCAAUCCAAGUGCAAAUUAUGAUGUCUUUGCCUUCUUUGGAGCAUUUUCACUUUUUGUAACCUACAUUUCGACUAUAUUUCAAUCUUCAAAAUCAUAAUUCUCUUAUUUAUGUGAAAAAAAAACACUUCAGACUAUUUCUUUUUUUACCUCGUGUUUAUUUCAUUUCCAAGUAAACUUUUUGUUAUAAAACUCAUUAUAAUACUUCUUUAUAAUGGUUUUAUGCAGUAAAUUACAAAAUUUCGUCACGGAAUCCACUUAAACUGUUCUCAAAAUUUUAUUUUUGAUUCCAACGAGCCUCGAAUAUAAUCCAGCAUCAAUUUAUUCCUUUUUUCAACGUUAUCAUAUUUUUUUGCCACCUUGAUGCCUCAUUAUCAAUUUACCAUGUUCAAAUUCACUUACAAUUUUAGAAAUAUUAACAGGACCGGCUCAUAUAAAUUUGCUACCGGUACUGAAGUCGAAAGUUUAAGUUCUAUUGUGACAAAGUUUUUCAAAUCAAUGUCUUGGGUGUAAUUUCGAAAAAUUUUUAUCCAAGCUUGUUUUUCAUCGACCAAGCUUCGUUUACCCCCUAACCCCCUUCAAAGUUAUCCAAAUUUUGUGAUAAGAUCAAACCCAAAUGCUUUCUUAUGAUUUACGUUUUCUUUUAUUUUUUUUGGUGAGGUACACAUGAUAAUUCUUGUAUCUACAAUGGAAUUUUCGUCCUCUAUAAGUUCUUCUUCUUCAUUAACGUGUUUUCUAAAUGUUCAGCCUCCAUCUUUAUUUUCAAUUCGUGGAAUUUCGACACAACAUGACGAUUAGAAUAAAAUUAUUUGAUCAAAUGAUCAAUAUUAUUAAAAUUGAUAAGAGUCUGUAUUUGUAACCAAUUUUAUUUUGUUUUAAUGCAUAUUUAUAUACCUUCUCUUGUAUUUUGCCAUAGCGUUUUCCGUAUAAUUUAUUAUUAAGAUUAUAAUUUGUUUAUUUCACAAUUAGGUAUGUGUGCAAAUUCCAAUUUCUAUUGUUAACGAUGUCAUUUAUUGUAAUUAGAAAUAAUUUAUUACUGCGACUGAAAUAAAGUAGUAUAGUUAAAUACA